AUGAGGGUUUUACGUGCGACGGAGAAAUUCUCGGCGGAGCUGAAAGAGUUCAUGUGCGCCGCCGUGCAGAGGAGGAGAGACGAAGACGGAUUCGGAGGCUAUGGUGGUGGUGGUAAAUCGAGAAACGCGAUGGAUCUGGAUUCCGACGCCGGAAACAGAUUGGUUUGUGUUACUGGUGGCGUUUCUUACCUUGGUCGCGCCAUUGUUAAACGCCUCCUUGUUCAUGGCUACUCCGUUAGAAUCGUCGUCGAUUGUUUAGAGGACAAAGAGAAAGUGAGCGAGAUGGAAGCAGACGCUGAAACGGCGUCGUUUAGUAACAGGAUUAGUUCAGUAGUUUCUAGAUUAACAGAGAUAGAGAGCCUAAUCAAAGCAUUUGAUGGUUGUGCUGGAGUUUUCCACACCACUGCAUUUGUAGAUCCAGCUGGAAUCUCCGGUUAUUCGAAAUCAAUGGCGGAAUUAGAAGCAAAAGUGAGCGAGAAUGUAAUCGAAGCAUGUACAAGAACAGGGUCGGUCCGAAAAUGCGUGUUCACAUCAUCUCUCUUAGCCUGCGCUUGGCAAGACAAUUCCUUUAACAAUCUUGAUCACUCUGUUAUCAACGAAGAAAGCUGGAGUGAUGAACAACUCUGCAUCGAUAACAAGCUUUGGUAUGCUCUUGGAAAAUUGAGAGCUGAGAAAGCUGCUUGGAGAAUCGCAGAAGCAAAAGGAUUAAAGCUUGCAACUAUAUGUCCCGCUCUUAUAACCGGUCCUGAUUUCUUCAACCGUAACUCCACUUCAACAUUGGCUUAUCUCAAAGGAGCGAAAGAGAUGUAUAGCAACGGAUUAUUAGCGACAAUGGAUGUGAACAGGUUGGCUAAAGCUCACGUAUGUUUAUGGGAAGGUUUGGGUAAUAAAACCGCGUUUGGUAGAUACGUUUGUUUUGAUACCAUUCUCUCUAGAGAUGGUGCUGAAAAGCUUGCUAAAGAUAUUGGUGUUCAAAUCGAAAAGAUUUGCGGUUCAAACGCAAACGCAGAAACAGAAGAUACUACUUCUUCUUCUAAUAUACAAAUAUCAGAUAAAAAGCUAUUGGAUCUUAUGUCAAGAACUCUAAGAAGUUGUUACCAUGAAAGUUAG